CCAUCUCUAGUUGCUCGGCACGUGGCAUCACCAACUCCCUUCUCUCUCCCCUGGAUUUUCCCUUUUUUACAAAACCUCUUCUUCUUCUCUCUCUGGAAAUCCGCCAUUACCGUCUCCUUAUCGCUUCAGGAGAAAAAGCAAAAACAACAUUGGAAGACAGACAGAGAGAGAGUUAGCAGAAAAAAAAGGACGAUGAGAGAGAGCAGCAGUAUUGAACAGAGUUCUCUCCUCGCGUCUGCUACAGAGGAUGAAAUCUCUGUCGCUCAAAUUCUACUCGAUCUUCCAGGUAUGAUCGGAUUGCUGGACUCUCUCGCCGGAUUCCAAUGGGGUAGGAAGAGGAGGAGAUCUAGUUUGGUUGAGGGUCCAUCGUCUUCUGGUGCACCCUCGUCGGGGUCUCCGUUGUUCCAUAGGACCGACGUCGAAAUUGAAGAGAGAAAGACCCAAGCCAAAGCGGAGCAGGACGCCGCCGCGGCCACCGGAAGUCCGGUCUCUCCGCUCCAUUUUUCGCCAAGUGAAUCUGAUGAAAAGCCCAGGCACAGUUUGAAGAAAAGUUGCAAAAAAAGGUCAAAGGAGCAGUACGUUGAUAUGAUAGAAGAAUUAACUCAGCGCAGGGAUUUGCUUAGAGGGGAGAUUGAAAAUGUGACCAAGUAUUACAACAAGUUGAAUGCCUACAAUUCACAAUUGAAAGCAUUGAAACAAGAGGUGCUAAAUUCUUGCAUAAAAAGAGAAGACCCUGAAACGGAAACAAGCAGAUUGAUGAAUCUUGGAAUGCAAUUAAUCCAACAUAACCAAAUUGGUGUAGCGCCUCAGCAGCAGCAGCCGCUGGUUGCGGAUGAAAUGGCAGAGAAAUUUGAGCAUUCAUUGGGCCCAAUUAGAACCCAAUUCUACAGUGGGCUUGGACCAGUCAGCUGCCAUGUGGGCCUCCCUGACCUGAACAGCUCUGCUGAAGGGGGUGCGUUGGAUAUGAGCAGUAGAAAUGCUGAUAGACGGUCCAGAUGUGCUGAAGCAAGGAGGAGGAGGAGAGGUAUCAUGAAGAUCAAGGCUAUGAGGAGUGCUUGUGGUAUUAAAUUGGGAGGAAGGAGAUGAGAAUGAGAUUAUGUAUAGGUUAGUGUUCUUUUUGUUGAUGUUUGCAAUUCUUUAUAAUUUAAUAUCUGAAAGUGUAAAUAGUUAGUGAGAAUUAGAGAAAUAGUUGACUGAUGAAUCUCCUUCUUGUCAAGAUUCAUUUCAUUUCAUUUCAUUGUAUUAAUUAUUUUAAUUUUGGUUAAUUGCUCAAUGCUCA